AUGGCAGACAGGUCCUGCGUUUGCCUUUCGGGAUUCCACUACCUUGAGGGAAAGGAAGAUCUCAGUGACCAGGAUGGCGUGGAACCUUGUCAACAAACUCUUUACGACGAAUGUACGGACGAUGCGGUGCGGGACUCUACAGGCGCCUGCACAUCUCCGAGGGAGAUUUGCGAUAACCAAUGUGGGCCUGCAGGUGGUACAUUCAGCACAAUUUCGGGUCUCUGCUCCUGUAUCGGAGAAAAAUCCUUGGAUGAAGUCUGCGACGAAACGUGUAGGGCUGCACGCCCCCAAAUGAUUCUCAAGGGCUUUAAGUUGCUCAUAGAGGACCCAGAAACAACGUUGGGAGACAAAGCAUUUGCACUCCAAGAUCUCACUACGCAGACUGGGCUUGCCACGGGCUCUUAUGAGUGCGAGGACGAAGAAGGCUGCACUGUCCGGAUGUUUGAUACAACGCUAGCCAAGAUGACAGGUCUUGUGGGUGUCCCACAAAGUUUCGUUGAUGAAGUAACUGAACGGCUACAAAAGUACGGUAUCUUGCCGGAGUUGCCCAGCACCGGUGAAGAUGAAGGAACAGGAGAUACGGAAAAUAACGAAACGACACCUGCACGUCGACUGGCGUUGUCUGUGGACUUCGGCUACUUUGGCGUGGAACUGGAUACCGACAUGAAAGGAGGAGAACAGAGAAUUCUUUUUAUAUUUACCUUCAAAGAGCCUGGGGUCUACGUGUUUGGCCUCAACAGUGACCAAAACAAAAUUAUGGUCCUGCGUGUCAUGGAACCCAAGAGACUAUGCAGGGAGGAUGCACUGCUACCUCAACUGCGAACUGCUGAGACACUCGCCGCCAUUGCUGCACGUCUUCCCACUACCAUACAGACCUCCGGCUGGUUGCUAUUUAUUUCAGUUGUUUUGGGGAUCCUUUUGAUGGCAGUGCUUUUCUUUUUUGCCGCUUGGACUAUCAAGCAUCAGAGGCUCGAAAAGCUGGAAGCAGACCCGAAAUCGAAAUACAACCAGCCCGACCCUCAGCAGACAAACACGAAAACAGCAAUUAAGGAGGUGGAAGACCUCAUCCUCCCAAACCAAACCCCGGUAUGGAUGAAAGAACCCGAUGAAGAACGAGAAGAAAUUCUUUCUACUCUGCUUAGCCUGCUCCGCCUCAGAAGACGGGACCUUGUCAACAGGAUGGCGCGGGAAGAGAAAGAACACCAGGAGACUCAAAUUUCAUCAAUCAAGCUUUCUGUGGAAGCACAAAUCGAAGAACUCCUGGAAGAGUUUAGAAACGCACGGGCUGAUGCCGAUGACGACAUGCCUUCUAUAAUAGAGAUUUACAAGGCCAAGAUGAAAAGCCUGCUUGAAGAAGCACAAGGAGAGACCAACCUUGCCUUCAAGAAUAUGCUUUCUGCAGAUAUUGAAGAACAACUCAUAACUGGAAGUGCUUCGUUAGAUUUACGAGAGGCAAGAAUGAACUUGACAAGGACCGAAGACGACGCACAGGAACGAAAGACCCUUGAAAUAUAUCGCGUGCUCGCGGAAGCUGCGUGGAAGCUGACUGUAUACACAGCUGCCAUUGAACAAGAAAUUAUGUCUUCCACCCAAGCGGUAAAUAAGGCUGCCUUCGAGGGGAAGCAAGCGGUGGAAAUAACUAAAGCUGAUCCAGGCGAAGCAGUUAGCGAGCUGAAGGCUGCUGUCAUGACGGCUCUGAAGGAGGGACGCUCAAGAAUACAAGAAGCUGCUAGCGAAGCUGAGAAAGCCAUUUCUUCUGCGGAGGCGCAGGCACAGUCACAACUUGACUCUUGGACUGGCAAUUUGCAAGCGGAGCUGAGAGAUGUGUACGAUAGGACAAACAUUUCAAAUCAACCAAGACAACCACGGAAACAUGCGAAAAUGAAUGUCGUGAGGCUGCAGGGAGUGCUUGAUGCACAAAACAAAACUCUUAAUUGUGCGUUUGCCACCGAAUCAAGACUCCUCAAGGCAUCCAUGCAAACUACAAAGAACCAGAUUUUGGAGCGAAUACGCAGCCGGUACGACAGGAUGCACUCUCUCCGAUGCUCCGACAUCUUGGAAGAGCUGCAGAUUACACUAACUGCAAGCAUUUCGGAAGCAAACCUCAAAACCAGACAGAAGCACAUUGAUGACGCUGUGAACGAGGCUUCAAAUGAAAUUAACCGUCUCCGGGAUGCCGAGCUCGAGUCGGCAGUCGCAACCCUUAACCGUACUAUUGCUGCAAGGACGAAUUCAGUUCACAAAAGGCAGUCGGCAUUCAAGUCGCGCAAGCUUUUGAUGCUACAAAAACGGCAAGAAACGGAAGUUCAACAAGUUCCCGUACAGGCACAGUCUGCAGUGGCGCUGUUGCGCAGAGCGCUGAGCAUACUAAAAGAGCAGCUGAGGGCGGCUACGACGUAUGAGGCGACUCUCUUCCAAAAUGUCGCCAAGUUCGGGGUGGAUAUGGCUGUUUUGAUCAAGGAGAACACACAAGAUCUCAGCGCACCGGCAACUCUUAUGGAAGGCCUAAAACGGCAACAGGGUGAAGCACUAGCAAAGUACAGGGAUCAGUUGAUCGCAAGCGUGCGAAACCAGAGGCAGGCAGCAACGGAAGAACUGUGGGACCUGGAGCAGAGAGAACGAAAGCGAAUCGACGAAUUCCUCGAGGAUCAGACAGCUCAACUUGAGGCAGCCAGCAAUAGGCUUGAAGAGGCUAUCGCAAAAGAGGAAGCAGUACGGGAAGAGUACGAGAAUGCUGUAUUUAAACUCAAACAACAAAAUCAGAGGGGAAUGAAAGAACUGCAAACAAUCCAAGCUCUCUCUGCAUUCAAACAAAAGCUGCUCAGCAAAAUUAACGAUACCUUUCUGUCUCGAGCGAACGAGGCAAGGAGCAAGGGUAUCACUGACCCGGAUACAGACGACAGGCUGCAGCAAGAGUGGAGAAUUGCAGAAGCAGAAUUGGAGCCGGUAAUUAGCCGGGAAAAAGAAACUUAUAGCCGAUACGCCGACUUGGCUUUCCAGGUUGAAAGCGAAAACGCGCAGAGUGAACUUCGGAAAUCACAGCAAAACCGCCAAAGUCAGGCAGCUCUUGCAAAGACCAUGGAGCAAGCUGAGGAGGAAGGAGACGACGACAUGCUAAACAAACGCCGGGCAUUGGGGACUGAUGAGGUGCAGCGGAUUGUCUGGCGCAUUUGCGCCCUUCUUUCGUCUGGGGUAGCUUCUCGCACCGACUCAUCGGGGCCCCAUUUCAUUGUGCCGGAUGAACGGCGAGAUGAUACAGUCGAGGAACUGCGCCAGCAGCUUCGUCGUCGGCGGAAGAGGCACCUGGACUACUGCAUUGCACAGCGCAACAUCAUAGAGGGCGGCCCUAGGUCCGCUUUAGCCGCAAUCCAAAGCGAAACAAUUCAGGGGCUCUCCGGGACGUCUGAGGAUAUAGACGAAUUCAGCAGGGGCUCUGCCACAGUGAAUGCAGCAGAUUCAUCUGCAGCAAUUUUGGAGAUCAUGGAAGAAGCCCAGCAAAAACUGAACGAGGCCCUUGAGGAAAUUCAGAAGGAACAGGAAGAAGCAGAAGAAAAAGAUAGAGUCAAUCGGGAACAGGAAAUAGCUGAACGGCAAAAGGCUCACGAGCUAGCGAAGCAAAAGUUAAACGAAGAGCACCAGGCGAAACUGGCAGCAGCUCCUGAAGACACAAGGGAAGAGCUAUUGAAAGAACAUGAAAAAGCGCUAAAGCAGAUGGAGUCAGCAGUGGCAGCUGAACUGCAGGAACAAGAGGAGCGUGCUCAGAAGCGGCUGCUAGAGCGCCAGCAACGGUUGCAACAAAAACGACGUGAAGCAGAAGAGCAGAAGCAACGAGCUAUUGAACAAGCCAAGGCGGAGCUUGAGGAAAAGAUCGCAGCUGAGGCGAAGCAAAAGGAAGAGGCAGCAGAAUGCGAAGAACUGCAACGCUUAGUCAGUGAGGGCAACAACCCUGCUGCGGUGGCAGAGCUGCUUGCACGAAAGCACGAAAGGGAGUCUUUGUCGCUGCUUCAAGAGCUUUCCAUGAGAAAGGCAGAAGAGAUAAGUGCACUCACAGAAAAAUUUUGGAACGAGAAGGGAGGCAGAAUAUGCGAAGGACGGCCUGAUGAUCUGCAAGAGCUCUACAAGGCCGAGUUGCAAGAAUACUUGUUCGUGCAGACACGGGCGUUGGACGACCGGAUAACCCUCCAGAUGCAAGAUCUGCAGCAGAGACAAACUGGCGAAGCAGAGACCACCAUGAAACGGAUGGAACGCCGAGCGAAAUUGGCACAGGAAACUGCAUUGCCACAAAUGUCCGAGGAAGAACAGUAUGCACGGCUGCACCAAGAAGCUGAAGCUGCGGCGGCGGAGGAAGUUGAAGGCAUAGAAAAACGCAUGAUGGAAGAGCAGGAAAAAUUGCUCAAAGAAAUGGAAGAAAAACGCAAUGCCUAUGACAAGGUACUGGACAAGUUGAAGCACCGCAAAAUGAUGGAAGAAAAGCGAGAAGCCCUGCGUCAAGAACAGGAACAACGCAGGCGAGCAGGAGAAGCGAGCGGACUAGGACACCUCAUGAGCCAGUAUGAGGAACACAGGAAGUUGCUUGAAGAGGCACUGGCUGAAGAAGCAGCCAGGCAGCACAAACAAGCAAGACAGCGCGUACUCCUGCGCAACGUUGAAAGAUCGGAACGGCUCUAUCAGAAGCGGCUUGCUGAGAAACAGAGAUUCCUUGUGAACCAGAACGAAAUAAGAAGACGCGAGUUGGGGCUAAGUGCUGCCCGGGCGGCAGUGAGGACGCAGCGGAACUUCGUUGAGACUUUGAAUGAGCAAGAGCUGAAGAGGAGGAUGGAACUUGCACGUCGGCUAGAGGAGGAACGCCAUUGGGCACCUAUAUGGCGGGAAAUCCUUGAGGAGGAGCAGAACGCUGGAACCUUCGAUUCUUGGGACCUAGAGGACGAGCAAAUUAAUUUUGCGGGACCCUUCGCAACUAGUGUGCUGCACACCGAAAGGAUGCUCCAGAGCGAAUCCUCUUACAUGCGUAAGUUGAUAGGUGGCUUCCAGCAGCUGAGUGAGUUGAUCACCGUGAUACAUGCAGCAGCCAAGGAGAAGGCAGCAGCUGCUGCUAAAGGAGACACCAAAGCCUCCGGCAGAAGGUCGUCUAGUGCAGGCAACGAAGGAGACAGCACGGACAGCAGCAGCUCAGACAGCAGCAGCAGCACCGAUGACAGCUCAGAUUCAGAAGACAGCGAAUCGAGCAGUGAGUUGGAACAGCCUUCGUCGGACUCUAGUUCUGAAGAACCCGCAGUGCCUUCUAGCAGCGAUGACUCAUCAAGCAGCAGCAGCAGCUCGAGUAGCUCAGAAAGCAGCAGCGAAGACAGCAGCAGCAGCAGCAGCUCAAGUGAAGCCGACAGUGACUGA